CUCAUCCCAACCGAUGGCCACUACUCCAUACUCAUCCAAACCGAUGGCCACUACUCCGUACUCAUCCCAACCGAUGGCCACUACUCCGUACUCAGCCCAACCGACGGCCACACUACUCCGCACUCAUCCCAACCGACGCCCAACCGAUGGCCACUACCCUACUCCUUACUCAUCCCAACCGAUGGCCACUACUCCGUACUCAUACCCAACCGACGGCCACUACUCCGUACUCAUCCCAACCGACGGCCACUACUCCGUACUCAGCCCAACCGACGGCCACUACUCCUUACUCAUCCCAACCGAUGGUCACUACUCCGUACUCAUCCCAACCAACGGCCACUACUCCGUACUCAUCCUAACCAAUGGCCACUACUCCGUACCCAUCUCAAUCAAUGGCCACUACUCCGUACCUAUCCCAACCAAUGGCCACUACUCCAUACUCAUCCCAGCCACUGGCCACUACUCCCUACUCCUU